GGAUGCUGGUGAUGCUGUUGCUGCUGCUGGUGAGCGGGGUGGUGAGCGGCCCUGGACCUAAAGCGACGGACGCGUCGGCGAGCGCACUCACAAGUGCCCCGGGCCCGGGGUCACCACCACGGUCGCCUGCGGAGGCCCCCGUCAACGACGCCCCCGCAGCACCACCAUCGCCGUCCUCGGUGCCACCGUCGAGGACGCAGCAGCAGCAGGGGGUCAACAUGGACGCCGUCGACGACGAGGAUGACGACGUCGCCCCGGACGGGUCCGCGGCCCUCGCCAGCCAACCCGAGCCGGACCUGCUCGGGCUAAGCGGCACCCUGGGCACCAAGGAGCGCCUGGAGCUGGUCAAGAAGCUGCUCAAGCAGGAGCCGCUCAUCGACGGGCAUAACGACCUGCCGUGGAACAUCCGCAAGUUCGUGCACAACCGGUUGGCGCGGCUCCAGCUUGAGGACCUGCGCCAGGGGCCGGGGCCGUGGAGCCGCAGCAAGUGGAGCCAGACCGACCUCAGCAGGCUGCGCGCCGGCUCCGUCGGCGGACAGUUUUGGGCGGCGUACGUGCCGUGCGAGUCGCAGUAUCUCAACGCCGUGCAGCUCACUCUGGAGCAAGUGGAUGUCAUCAAGAGGGUUAUCGCCAAGUAUCCGGCGCAUCUCCGAGCGGCCGCGUCAGCCGACG